GUAUGCCGCAAUCAGCUGAUAAAAAUAAAAACAUAACAUCGCAUAUUGUUUAAAAGACUGUGAAAAAGUCGCAAGUUUUAAUGAAUUAUCGGUGAUAAUGUUGUCGUUUUUUAAGAAAAAGGAUACAGAUUGUGAAGAAUUAGGACAAGAAGCAUUGCCAGAAGCAGGACCUUCGUUGGAAUCUUUGGGAUACAAAAAUGAGCAAGAUUUAAAGGAAACCAUUUACGACAUUUUACGUACGGUACGUGAUCCGGAAAAGCCAACAACUUUAGAAGACUUGGAUGUGAUCAGUGAAGACUAUAUAUUUGUGGAAAAACCGACGGACAGUAAUGUGCACGUAGUACGCGUUGAAUUCAAGCCAACAAUACAGCACUGCUCGCUAGCAACUUUAAUAGGCUUGUGUUUGCGCGUCAAAAUUGAACGUAAUAUUAAUCACAAAUUAAAAUUAGAUAUUUACAUAAGAAAGGGUACGCAUAGUACCGAAGAAGAGAUAAACAAGCAAAUUAAUGAUAAAGAAAGGAUUGCCGCUGCCAUGGAAAAUCCAAACUUACGGGAGCUCGUCGAGAACUGUAUCAAGGACGAUGAAUAAAGUACCGGAUAAGUUUUUGGUAAAGAGACUUUGAAUAAUAAUAUUUUGCUGUCCAGCCCGAUAUGCGAUAAUGAUUUUUGGAGAAGGAACAGUUUCAAGCUGACUGUAUUGUAUCAGUCAUUUUUAUAUUACUUAGCAUGAAUGAGAAGAUUAAAAACAAAUUUAAUAUUAUUUAUAGCAUUUUAAUAAUAUAGAAACAAUUUUGAAA